GGGCCGCGUUUAUGGCGCCCGCGCUCCUGUCUUGCGGGGGAGGGGGGGUUGUCGCCGCGCUGGCGCCAGAGCCGCCUUCUGGUCACGUGAGCGUCAGGGCAGGAGGUGAUUGGCAGGGCGUGCUGCGGCGUGCUGCUGACGGGGCCCGGCGCGCGCACAGUGAUGCGCGUGUGCUGGCUGGUGGCGCAAGAGACAUGCGGCCACCGAAUCAGGCUGCCGCACUUGGGAGCAGUGGUAAUUGGACGCGGUCCAGAGACUGGGAUAACGGAUAGGAAGUGUUCGCGGCAGCAAGUGCAGUUAAAAGCAGAUUGUAACGAGGGUUAUGUCACAGUCAAACAGAUAGGCGUUAACCCAACUACUGUGGAUUUAAUGAAUAUUGGCAAGGAUAAAGAGGUAAAAAUGAAGCCAGGCCAAGUUCUGCAUAUUGUGAACAAACUUUACCCCUACACGGUGCAAUUUUCCGAAGAAUCAGCGAAAACUAUUACAGAAGUAGAAAAGAAAACACAAGCUGAGAAGAGGCCAUGUGAGGACUCCCGCAAAAAUAGUGAUGACAAAAACGUGCCCAGGAAAAGUAUGAAGACAGAGGCAGUGGAUGCACCAGGCAGUUUUGCAGAUCACAAACUGAGCAGUUCCAGUGUAUCCCCAAAUGAGGGGGCUUCUAGCAAAAAGGAACAUUUAGGACACUGGAGUCAGGGUCUAAAGCACUCCAUGCAAGAUCCAAAAAUGCAGGUUUACAAAGAUGAAAAGACUGUAGUCAUCAAAGAUAAAUAUCCCAAAGCACGUUACCACUGGCUCAUCUUACCAUGGGACUCCAUUUCAAGCCUACGGUCAGUCACAAAGGAGCAUCUUGAACUCCUGGAACAUAUGCAUGCAGUUGGGGAAAAAAUGAUUGAGCAGUGCCCUGAUAGAGAGACUUUGGAGUUCAGACUGGGUUACCAUGCGAUCCCCAGUAUGAGUCAGCUGCAUUUGCAUGUCAUCAGCCAGGAUUUUGAUUCUCCUGCCAUGAAAACCAAAAAGCACUGGAACUCUUUUACUACAGAAUACUUCUUAAACUCUGAAGAUGUGAUAGAGAUGGUAAGAAGCAAGGGAAAAGUAAUGGUGAAAGAACACCUCUCUGAUCUUCUCAGAAUGCCCCUCAGAUGUCACUUUUGCAAAAAACAGCUAUCUACUAUCCCACAGUUAAAGGUACAUCUGAGGAAUCAUUGGCCAAAAUGACUUUGCAAAAAAUUGUCCUGGAAUCUGUGUUCAGAUUUCAGGCUAAAACAAAGACAGAAAUGCUACAGGACGUGGGUGUCUUUUGUUAACUGUAAUGACAAAUGUAAUAUGGCAAAAUGUAGCCUGGAAGCAGCAGCAUGUUAACUUUGUAAUAGCAUAGAGGAAAAAAAAUAAAAAUAAAUAAAAGUGACUUCUCAAAUUGAA